AUGCCAGCGUUAGUAGCCGCAAGAAGAAUGAUGGUUGACGUUGACAUUGGCUCGGUUGAGUUAGAUGUUGGAAAAAUAUUUUCUGUCGGCUUCGGUAAAAUGGUAGUGACCGUAGAAGUUGUUGAAACAAAGACAAUUUCUACUGAUACCAAAGAAGUUGGAGGUGUUGUCGAAACGAAUAAGUCUCAGUUGGUUUCAUUGAAUUUGUGGUUGCUGGAGUUGUUGCCGAAACGAAAAGAGUUUCAGUUUAGGUGUAAUGAUGUUGCAGUUGUCAGAGGUACACGUACAAUUAUCAUUAGUGCCAAUCGUAGUGCAAUCGGGAAAAUAUGGCAAAUCCGGGCAGGCGAGUACACAAGUCGGAUCUUGAAAGGCUGA